UUUUAAUAUUGUUGCCCCUCGUUUCAGCAUUUGUGUUUUAGUGUUAUUGCCCUGCAGUGCUAUUUACGGAUUCGUCCUAAUCUUUUAAUAUAUUUUCCUUGGGACGGGACACGAACUGCUGUUCAUCGCUUUUUGCAGCCUCACCCCAACGCAUCAUGAGGCUCUCGAGUGUCACGGCUGCUGCGCUGCUCGGCAGUGUUGGCGCAGCGCCGCUAGAUGCUCGUACUUCGAACUUCCUCGAGACGGACUCUUUGGCAGCGGAGGGUGUCUUCAAUCUUGGGAUGUACGUCGCGGCGCAUGGUUAUCCAAACGCACAGAAGUGCACGCUCAAGAACGUAGCGAUUCGGCGAGAAUGGUCGAUGUUCAGCACCCAAGAGAAGAAGAACUACAUCGCAGCCGUCAAUUGCCUCUCCACCAAGCCAGCAAAGACUCCAUCGUCUAUCGCAGCAGGUGCGAAGAACCGCUACGAUGACUUCGUAGCCAUGCACAUCAGCCAGACUCUGACAAUCCACGGGACCGGCAACUUCCUGACAUGGCAUCGGUACUUCACCUGGGCAUAUGAGCAAGCGCUGAGGAACGAGUGCGGUUAUACGGGCUACCAGCCCUAUUAUAACUGGCCGAAGUGGGCUGAUAACCCAGCGGCGUCGCCAGUGUUCGACGGCAGUGCUACCAGCAUGUCAGGUGACGGCGCCAAUGUCGCUGGACGCAACAACACCUGCAUUCCCUCCCCGGAUCAGUGUGGAGUCAGCAUUCCACCUGGAAAUGGUGGUGGCUGCGUCACGUCUGGUCCUUUCAAAAACUGGACAGUCAACCUUGGCCCCGUCGCCCCCGUCCUGGCUGACUACACCCCCAACCCCGAGUUCACCGGUCUGGGCUACAACCCGCGCUGCCUGCGCCGCGACAUCUCUAAAGCCGCCGCCUCGGGCUGGACCAAGGACUCCGACGUCGCCGACCUGCUCAAGAACUACGUCACCUUCUAUGACUUCUCCACCCGCAUGCAGGGUGACUUCCCCAACGGCUUCCUGGGCGUGCACACAGCGGGCCACUUUACUAACGGCGGCGACCCAGGCGGUGAUCUCUUCGCUUCCCCCGCCGACCCGUACUUCUUCCUGCACCACGCCAUGAUCGACCGCGUGUUCUGGACGUGGCAGAACUUGGAUAUCGCGAACAGGCAGUACGCUAUCGGUGCAACUAUCACGGUGAACAACCAGCCGCCAAGUAGAAACGCGACGCUGGAUGAUACGCUGGAUCUGGGGUACGUUGGUGUGCCCGUCAUCACGAUCCGUGACGCCAGUCAUACCCUUGCCGGCCCAUUCUGCUACAUCUAUGCGUAGGUGUGGGCGGGUG